CCUUCGCGUCAGUAUCGUCGUGGAUUCUGAACCGGCGUGAGCCUUCCUUUCGUACGACCGGACCGAAGCCGGCGUGCUUCAGCCAACGGGGACAGGACCGCGCUUCACAUCCAGUCCAGUGGCCUGGAAGGAAUGGUUGAAUCUCCACUACACAACGUCUCAUGUUCACACGGACGACGACCCCGGAGACGCAUUUAAUUGGAAAGUGCAAUGGUACGCCAUGUGAUAACCCCCUCCCUGAUCAGGGAAGUGAUUAAUUAAAAAGUGUGUCCGUGUGUCCGUGUGUGUGUGCAAUAUAAACCGAAAGCUCAAUCAUAUGUGGAGUGUGCAGGCGUGUGUUUGUGUGCUGUUUUGUUCGUUAAAGAUGCCUGCCCUGAAGUGCAGCUUGGGGUGAAUUCGAAACGGUCCGGGGCGGGGAAGGGUACAGGAAGCCAGGGUGGGUGUAUUGGCUUCACGCGAUAUCCAGUUACGGUGUGUGAUUGUGCUACUGACCCAAGAGGCCUGCGAGCAGUAGGUUGGUUUGAUAGCGAUGAGUGUACCGAGCAAUCCGAGUGAAGUGAAACGAGAACAUCUGCUAGUGACAGUUCUGGAUAAAUCAAACAUUUACCUGGUUUCGCUUGGUUCAGGUCCACGAAUCUGACCUUUUGCUGUUGCAGCGUUACAGAAUAGUUCGCCCCGUGUUCGCAAGCUGGCACAUACCGGCGCCUGAAAGUUAUACUACACGCCGCACACGAAAUUCGAUCGAACCGGCGAUGGAAAGCCGAUCCGUGUGGCAAGCGUUGGAAAAUGACUCAACAACGUUGCGAGCGGGCGUUGCGAUGGCGUAGCACAUCGUUACCAUGUCAGAAAGCUUAUCCUCCCCUCUAAGGUAGUGGAUUUACAAUUAAAGAACGAUUAGUGUACGAAUGAUCCGGCUGGAAGAGAAGAAAUGAGUCGCAAAACGAUGGGCGAAAGUGUGUGAUUAAGUCGUUGUGGAAGGCACCGUCACCCGGUGGCCCACUCGGUCGGUGAGGUCGUGUGUGUGUGUGUGCGUGAGGGUAACCGGGUGUGUGAAAAAUGAUUCCGCGUCACAUUAUUUGAUCGACCAGCGCCAGACAGGACCACGAUGGCAACAUCAGGCAGUGGUGGAUGGCAGUGAAUUGACCGUCAAACGUGUGUGUGUGUGUGUAUGUGUGCGUUUUAGUGAGGCCCGUAGGCGCAGUAGGGGCAAACGAGGGGGGGGGGGCCUGGACGGAAUUUCUACACGGCAACGGUAAACGGACGAGGCAGAAAUCGUGAAUUCGCUGGGUGCCUGCGUGCGUGGGGAUCCACCCGGUGGCCCGCCAGACGCCACCAUGGACGAGGUGCCGCCGCGGAAGAGUUCGCUGAGCAUUGACCGGGCCGCCUUUCUGCUGCUGCGCGUCAAGAAGGCGUUCAAGAAGAAGCGCCAGCAGCGGAAGGACAAACUGACCCUUCAAAAUGUCGGUGAACCCCUCGGAGGAGCACGUCCUAUUUCCGGCGGUCGGACGGCCGAAAAGAAGGCGCGGCUAUCCCGUUCACUCACCUUACCCCUGUUCAACUUCCCCGGUGCAGGUGCAUUCAGCAAGGUGCAGCCACCGGACAACCCAAUCUGCUUCAAGGCAUCGUCCAACAAUUUCCUGUACGAGUCGAAGCUUGCGACCAGCACAACCCCGAUAAGCAGUAGCCCGAAGAUCCUGUUGACGGCCGACGACAAUACGUUCGACUAUCGGCGCAAGUCGUCCGGCGGUAGCAGUAUCUUCGCGGCCGGAAGCUCCGUAGUCGGACCGGCCGAACCGCACAUCUACGAGUUCGACGAGAAGCGCUCGAGCGGAGAUGGUUCGGUUGUUAUCAGUAUCACCUCCCCCGGGAUGUAUCCGGCCAUACCGACGUCAAAAUCGUUCGGCAUAUCGUCGUUCAACUUUGUCAAUUUUAACAAUGCCGCCAACAGUGGCGGUAGCACCACGCCCCUGUUUGGCAACAGCCUGGCCAGUACGCUGGCCGCCGGUGGAUGUGGCCCAGGUCAGGGCGGUAAGCGGGGCAGCGAUGUUUCCGUUACCGGCAGCGGGGGCAGCGGAAGCGGUGGGUCGGCCCAGAUGAUUAGCAAUAGCACGAACAGUGCCAUCUAUCGGCUCGCCCGGAUCAUCAACCAGACAACGAAAACCAGCACUAACUGCCUGCAGCACACGGUCAACGAUGAUAGCGCGCGUCGUCUGUCGUGGGAACGGCGGGACAAAACCAACAAGCCAAUACCGCGGUCGUCCAGUAUCGAUUCGAUGGUGGACGCCGUCUGGAGCGAAUUCCCACCGAGCGUACCGGGCAGUGCGCGGAACUCCGUCUCCACCCAGAUACCCUCCAACCUGAACAUCUUCCUCGGGUCGAACCGGCGGGAAAGCAUGCUCAGCCCAUCGUCCAACCGGCGGUCGAAGCAGCAGCGUGGCAUUUCCGAGAUCAGCCUCCCGGAGCUGGUCACCCGGUCACUCUCCAACCUCGAGCUGCCCAGCUGCCGCCUGCCCUGUCCCAACCUUAUACCACGCCCGGCCGAGGUACCGACCACACCGGAGCACAAAUCGACCGCCAGCUCCAGCUGCUCGCUGUCCACGCUCGAAACGCAAACGGCGACCGCCGGGGCAUCGGUCCAGUCGUUGCCGAUCGCGAUCGCCACCGGCGCCACCAGCAGCACCGUCUCGCUGACGUACGAAGAUGAGCUGUCCCCCGGUGGCUCGGGACGCAGAAAAACCAAACACUCUCCGCUCGGGUCCCUGCUGGCUGCGGUCACCUCGCCCGUGCUGAGCCGCAUCUCGAGCGCCAGCUCGCCGAACCUGUCCAGCAACGGUUCCACCUUAUCGUCCCCGUCCGGCAGCCGGAUGGAGUAUCUACUGCCCCACCAGCAGCAUCCGCCCGGUGCAGGGGUGCAGGGUGCGGGACCCAUUCCCUCCCAACAGAAGCACCAGCAGCAGCAGCAGCAGCAGCAAUCGGUACUGCUGCCCAAGCACGCCACCGCACGGCAACAUUCGCCGAAGAUUGUGAAGAAAACGCGCCACCUGUCCACCAGCUCGGCCGACGAGCCGGACGCGUGCGACAGGAAGGCGGCUGUUGGUGGCGGCGGCGGCAAACUGCCCUCGAGCCGUCACGUGGAGGCGGAAAGAAAUGCGCGCAACGCACAGCAUUUGCUGCUGCGCGCGAACCGACUCACCGUGAGCGAUAAUCAUAAUUUAAGCAACAGCGGAAGUGGCAACACGGCCGGUGCCAUCAUCACACCACCCACCACGACGAACUCGGUCGAUGUGCUGGCGGUUCACAAUGCGAAAAGCGUUUCCCCGCUACCAUCGUACACGCAGCAGCAGCAGCAGCAGCAGCAGCAACAACAGUCGGCAGCAGCACCACCGUCCUACUGGAAGCAGAAGAAGCUCCCGACCAAGAAGCAGCACAAGCAGCUGCAGGCGCAACUAGACAAGCUGACCCAAAUUAACAUCCAUCUGCAUGCACUCUUCUCCGCCGUCGAACAUGGCCACCUGGAAAAGGCACGCACCAUCCUGGAAAGCACGGACGUGGACGUGAACAGUCUCAACAGCGACGGACUCACGCCGCUGGACGUGGCCGUGCUCAGCAACAAUCGUUCGAUGACGAAAAUGUUGCUGCAGCAGGGUGCCAUCGAAAAUGCACACUCGGUGCACGCGGCCAACAGCAACAUGGGACUGCAUCUGAACAAUCUGCUCUGCGAUGCCGAAGCGACCGUGCACGAGCUCGGGAACUUUGACGGCAGCCAGGCGGGCGGACUGGCCGGCAGCGAGCGGACCGGCACCGGGACCAAUGCAGGCAAAACCACCUUCUCCAACAUCAUCGGUAGCAGCGGCCCCUCGGUGACGAGCUGCACCGGGAGCGAAAUCGACAAGCAGGUGGGGCUGUGGGAGCGCCGCGUCAAGGGCCUGCGGCGGAUGAUACUCGGCUGGGAGCAAACGAAACCGCCCGAUGUGCCGAACCGGAUCGACAUCGACGUGACCGGGUGCAGUGCGGUUAGCUUGCGGUUGUACGAACCGCUCGAAGGUGCCAUAACUACCAAAUUCAAAGUGCAAUGGUCAUCCCGGUCGGACUUUAGCAACGUGGUGGGCGAGCGCGAAAUCAGCGAAUGGUGCAGCUUCCACGGGUGCAUGGGUGCGGUCUGCAAUCUGAACGAGCUGAUCCAGGGCCGGCGCUACUUCUUCCGCGCCUGUGCCGGCAACGUCAAGGGCUGGGGACCGUACAAACUAUCCGUCCCGAACUGUGUCGUACCGUCGAGCUGGCGUGACGUCGAGAGCCGAGACAAUCGAUUCGCGGGCAAACAGCGCAAUCUGGACGAGCUGUUCAACGCGGUCCGGUUGGCCCGGCCCGAGGAUGCGUCCGAGAUUGCGCUGGACGGUGGGCAGCAGCAGAAGCGGGCGACCAAGAAGAAAACCACCAUCAAGCAGCUGUUUUCGGCAGCGUCCAAGUUUCAGAAGAAUCUCAAACGGGGCAUCUAUUUGGCUUGCGUCCUGUACCACGAGGAUAAGCUAUUGCUCACCAACGAAGACUUCGUGCCGGUAAUUGAGAUUGAUGAAACCUUCACCAGCAAUCUGCACACCGAUUUCUACUGGCUGAUGAAGGUGGCCUGCACGUGGGACGACGUGAAGCUGCUGCGAAUGGACAUGGAACGGAACGCGUCGUCGGCGAUCCACUUCCGCACGAAGCUGCUGUCGGCCGCCUGUCAGAUGCAAUCGGCUCUCUCCAUUACCGAUCUGGGGCAACUGUUCUAUCGCCCGUUACGAGACGUCCACGGCACGGUGGUACUGUCCUGUGUAAACUGUAUUAAGAGCCCUAAAGCGGUAUCGGUGCUCAACUCCCGAUGGAUACCGCUGAACAAAAUCCACAAAAAGCUCGCCCUCUCGACGGAGGAGAGCAGCAUCAACGAAAUUCUAAUGAACUCCAUCCAGGAACAGAUCAACUACCACCAGGUGUCGAACAUCAGGCUGUCGAGGGGCCUGUACGUCGGCUACCUCAAGAUGCAAAGCUCGGUGGACGUCAUCCAGGUGGUGGUCCCGGUGAAGGCACCGAACGUUCUUCCGCACUGUAAAAUACGCGACAAUCCGCACGUGUCGGCCGAGGAAUGGGAACUGAUCAAGCAGCACAAACCCUCCACCAUACUGGAGUUCCGGCCGAAGCAUCAGGGCCCGAGCGAGGUGCAGCUCCACUUUCUCGAGAUGCUCACGAAAGCCGUCCACAAUCUGUUCCAGUACAUGGACAUCCCGGUCGAUGUGGCGGUCGCCCAUCGGCUGUACGACGUCGAGGUGAUCGAGCUGAACGCGGACGUGAGCUUCCUGAUCAUUUGCCCGCCGGCGGAAAGUAGCUGCGCCGUGCCGGGGCAGAAGGAAAGCUUGCUGCAGCGCGGCGACCUCUUCUCGAUGCCGAUCCAGGCGUUCGAGAUGAUCCAUCUGAAGACGUACCAGGGCAGCAUCAUACAGAAGUACUCGCGGCUGUCCUGCAUCCUCGAGCUGGACACGAUGCUGGCGAACCAUCUGCACCGGGAGGCGUUCAGCAGCUCGGAGCUGCAGAAGGCGAAGGAUCGGCUGGCGAAGCUGCAGGAGCUGUCGGGCGGGCUGAACACCAUCUGGAAGGGCGUGCGCUGGCUGAUGGAUGUGAUCGGGUAUGCGCGCGACCGGGCCAACAUGCCCGAGCUGAACAUGAAGCAAAUACUGGACUACAAGGCGGCGUACUUUGGCAAGCUGCCGAAGCAUCAGCACCAGCAGCAGGGCAGUGACGAUCAGAAGAAGAAGGGUGGCAGCGAAACGCAACUGCUCCAUCCGCCCGGCACCGCGCCGAACAGCUUCCACAAGAGCAGCCCAGGCAGGGGGUCGUGGCCGGGCCCGGCCGUCGAGAACACGCUCGGCCACAACGGACUGCUGGACGCGGAGCACUCCAAGUCCGAGCAACUGCUGAAGUACAACAGCGCCCGGUUUCUGAACGUUAGCCAGGCGGGCUCGCGCAAAAACAGUGCCGACUCGAACUCGGUCGCGACGCACAGCAGCUACUACUCGGUGACGGGCGUCGAGCCGGAGAAGGAGUUUGUCGUGAUGCCUCGGUUGCCCCCGUCACGGUCGGAAGAUACGCUCAACAGCUCCCAUCUGCACCAUCAUCUGCACCACGGCCACCAUCAUCAUCAUGGUGGCGAGGGAGGUAAAGCGAUCGGUCCAGGUGGUGCGAUGGGAGGAGCCGGUGCCGGAGGAGGAGCCGGAGGAGGAACAGGUGGAGGAGCAGGUAAAAAACGGCCUCCUACCAUCUACUCCAGCUACUCGGCCACCUCCAGCCCGCUGUUGAACGUUCGCUCGCCGUUUCUAGUGCCGAUGGGACCCGCCAACGCCGCCCCCAGCAGUCCGGCCGGCAUUCUCGUCGCGAAAGUUCCACCGGUCGCGGUAGAAGAUAUUGAAAACUCCAAACAGCAGCCUCCCGUCCAGCAGACGGCGGCGACCAGUGCAGCAGCCGGGACGGGACAGCAGCCUUCGCUGACGACGGGCGGGGCCGUGCCGUUCAAACUGCUCACGAAGAAAUCGCGCGAUCAAGCACUGAAAGCGAUCAACUUCAUCGAACGGGAGCAGCAGCAGGAGAUGGAAAUAUUCGAAGAGACGAAACCCAUCCUCACGACCACGUACCUUAAGCCCACGCUAGCAGCGCUGCAAAACGAAGCCAAAUCCUCCUACCAGCAGCAACCGGACAGUGGUGCCGAACAAGCUCCCCGUGAGGCGACAGCCCAGCUUCCCCCGGUGCAACCACCGGAAGCGCUCACUCCCGCCGGAUCCGUUGCAAUCACCGUCGAACCAUCGGUACCACCCGCUACCGCCACCGAUCUCGAGCCCGAAUCAGGCGCAUCGGAAACACCACCCGGGACGGACGGAGCAGCGGCAGCGCCCACCGGUGGAGCUGCCGUCACGAACGCUACCAGCAUCCUGCAGGUGUAUGCGGCGUACGAAACGGGCCUACCGAGCGGGACGUCGCUAAAGCUGCGCGUAACGCCCAAAACGAGCGCCCGCGAAGUGAUCGAUCUGGUGGUGAAGCAGCUCAACAUGGCGGUGGUGCUGAAGGGCCGCGAAGGACCGAUCUACAGCUCGGAGCGGUUGGACAACUUCUGUCUGGUGGCCGUGAUAGGUGCCCGGGAGCGUUGCCUGCGGGACGAUUUUCGCCCGCUGCAGCUUCAAAACCCAUGGCGCAAGGGCCGGCUGUACGUGCGGCAGAAGCACGAUCUGCUGGCCGCUAUCGAGCAUUCCAACCGGGAUACGGCGGACAUUUAAAGGACGGAAGGGCAAACGGCGCCAUUGCUCGGACGUGUGUGAUAGUGCGAUUGACUAAGUUUUCCGAAUUUACAAUUCGUAUAGUUGUUGUUUUGAAAUUUUGUUACAAAAUUACCUUCCUCCACCCUCCCAUUUCCCCCUUGCGGUCAGUAGCUUUAGCCGCCGACAGGAAGCGACCGCGUGCGUGUGUGUGUGUCGGACUUGUUUGUAAAUUUGUUUGCACAGUUCUGUACAUUUUGUAAAACCCUAAUUAAUGUAGCGAUAGGAAACGGGAGAGAGGGGAUAGAGGUGGAAGGCAGGCAAAGGAAAUGCAUUGCAAGAAGGGCACGGCGCCUCUUUAGGACUAUUUUUAUCAACUUGACUAGCAGAAAAAGGGGAAGAGAACACGUGUUUUAGAAAUUGGAGGAAAAAAUCAAAAUAUUAAAAACGUAGUGUAGUACCGUUUCAUCAGCUAAUACAAACAGAAGCAGAGGCAAAGGUGUUAAUUAGCAAACCACAUACCAAAAAAAAAAACAAACAAACCGAUAACGGCAGUUCCCCUUCCCUUGGGCGGUGCGGAAACGCGAGCUACGCGCAAACGCACGCGUGUUUGAAUGCGCCUCCAACGCUCUAGGACGCGCCUGACGCCGCGAUGUUGGAAUGGUUUUCCCGAUCAAAUAGAUGGAAAAC